GCUGUGGUGCGUUAGAGCCAUGAGCGGAGCAGCAGGAGACGUGGACGACUACCUGGAGGACUACUAUGACGCAAUCGUCCUGUCCACAGGCCUCGGCAGUAGCAUUAUGGCAGCAGCUUUGGCGAAGGCGGGAAAAAGCGUCCUGUAUCUGGACUGCCACGAGUACUACGGCCAAGACUCCGCCAGCUUUUCCUUCACGCAGCUGUUAGACUGGGCCGAAGCGAACGGCCGGAAGAACCAGGGGGGCAAAGGCGGUGUCGCCGACGAUGGGGGCCAGACUUGCGCGAUCUCGACAAAUGAUGCGGCGAAAAUGGUUGACAGCGCUGACGCUUGGACGGCCAUUGCUAGAGCCCAUGCCCGAAACGAGCUUAAGAAGGAGCAGGAGAUGAAGGCUAUCGCGGAGGGGGAGGGGGGCGAGGGCAAUAGUGACGAGCCGGGGGCAGAGAGCACGACGGAGGCGGGAGAUAUCAAGGGACAGCAGCAGGGAUCGCAAGACGCGGCCACCGCUGCGACUGCUGCUGCUGCUACUGCUGCUGCUGCUGCUGCUGCUGCUGCUGCUUCGGCUUCGGAGCAAAACUCGCCCAACACCAACCAACCGGAGCAGCAGCAGGGUGACGGAGAAGAGAAGGAGCCCACUGCGGAGGAAGCCGCAGCGGAAAAAGCGGCCGUGGACGCCGCGGCGGCGGCACGCCUCCAAGCCCUAGACCUGCACCUCCUGCCCCUGUCCUACCACGGCUGUCGAACGCGCGCGUGGGCGCCCAGCGACGCUUGCGUCCCCGAGCGGGAGAGGCGGAAGGUUGCCGAGGAUGCCGCAGCAGCAUCCGGCCGCUUCUUGAGGGGGAGGCAGCCGCAGCCUUCCCACCCCGCCUGGGCCGGCCGGCGCGAUCCGACGAUGAAAGGGGAUGGGGGAGCAGACGGGGGGGAAGAAGAGGGGGUGCACCCGUCGUUCUGGGGGUAUCGUACGGAGCGGCGGCCGGGCGCGGCGGAUCUCGUCCGUCUGUCGCGGUCUUUCAACCUGGACUUGACCUCUCAGGUGCUGCUUGCCACCGGGCCUGCGGUAGAUGCUCUCGUCGAUUCCGGCGUGGCGAGCUACCUGGAGUUCAAGGACAUGCAGGCUCUCUACCUCGCCUCCGACAUUGCUGCUCCGGCUUCGUCGGCGGCGGGUGUGGGAGGGGCGCGGGCACCAGCAGGGCCCUACGCAGCCGCAGCAGCAGCAGGAGGACGAGACGGCGGCCGUAGAGACACCAACGGCAGCAGCAGCAGCAAGCCCCACCAUAGGCUCGGCCUCUCGCGGGUGCCCUGCUCCAAGGCGGACGUCUUCGGCACCAAGCUCCUGACUCCGCUCGAGAAGCGCCGCCUCAUGAAGUUCCUCCUCUUCGUCAGCGACUGGGGCCUGCAGAGGCGCGGAGAGGACGUCCUCUCGCGCAACGAGGCCGGCCUGGGGAGGGGCCGCAGCCUGCGGCGCCCCCAGAACCGCGAAGCCGCUUCGGGCGACUUCGACGCGGACGCCCACGCUGGGAAGCCCUUCUCCGGGUUCCUGAGGGGCUGCGGGCUGCCCGAACGCGUGCGCGCUAUGAUCACGCACGCCCUCGCCCUGCUGCCCGGGGGCGACGAGGGAGGGGAAGGGGGAGGGGUGACGACGGAGGAGGGGCUGGAGGCUGUGUACAGGCACCUCUCCGCCCUCGGGCGUUUCGGCGAAACGGCAUUCAUCGCCCCGCUUUACGGCGUCGGCGAGCUGUCCCAGUCGUUCUGCCGGAUGGCGGCGGUCCACGGGGCGAUCUGCAUGCUAAGGCGCCAGCUGAGGGGGGCUGUUGUUGACCGGAACUCCGGGAGGUGCGUUGGAGUCGUCGACGACGCCGGGCGGGCCUUCGCGUGCUCGUUUCUCGUCGUGGGAGGGGAAUUUUUUGCCGCAUCCCCUCCCACCAGCACCCAACAUCCGACAAAGACGCCUGUUCCAGAACAUCUUCUUGCGCCACACCCACCACCGCCGUCACCACCAGAAACACUCCCUACCACCGGCACCGGUAGCAGCAGCCGCGUCCGCGGCAGGCUGCUCCGCCGAGUCGUCCUGGCCUCCGGCCCGGUGGCGCCCGAGGGCAGGGGGCGGGGACUAUGCGUCUUGCCCCCCGGCCUCCAGAGCAUCGGAAACCCCGCCGCGGUGCACGUCGUGUCCCUCGACGACACGACCGCAGCCUGCCCGGAUAACUUGGGCGGCGCCUGCGUGAUUCACCUGACUACAACCACCACGAGGGCGGGCGAGGCAGACGACAGCGGCCAGGCCGGGGUAGGGUCGCAGGUGGCACCGAUGAAUCAAGGCGGGGAGGGAGAAGAAGUCCCCGCGGGAGCUAACGCUAACGUGGAUGGGCCGGGGGAUGAGGAUGGGAGAGACGGGGUGUUGGGGCGAGCGUCCAGGGAGCUGCUUGCCGCUGCUGGGGUGGAGGAGAUCUGGAGCCUUGGCUUCAGCUGGGACAUCCAAGACCCGCCUAGGCCGGAAGACCUUCCGGCGAAUGUGGUGGUGUGCGAACGCCCUGGCCAGGAGUUAUAUUUGCACAACGUGGUCGUUCAGGCGGAGCGCGACUUCGCUCGACUGUUCCCGGGCGAGCCGUUCUGGCCGCCGCCGGCCGGUCAAGGGGAAGACGAGGACGACCAGGCGGAUAUGCUCGAGGCCGCCGCGUCCGCGGUCACAACAUCGGGGGUCGACGCGGACAAGGAUGGGGGGGGGGAGGAAGAACAAGAGGACGAAGGAGGGGGAGACGCAGGGGAGCAGGAUGAAGAGGGAGGAGGAGACGCAGAAGAGGAAGGAGGGGGAGACGCAGGGAAACAAGAGGAAGAAGGAGGGGGAGACGCAGACAGGGAAGAGCCGGGGCCCGAGCACGGGCAGGAGGUGGUUGUGGGGGCCAUGGGAGGUGAUCAGGACUUGGAAGGCCGACACGGGGAAGAGCUUGGCGGAGAGCAUAGUAGCGGGGUGGGGAGUUCCCAAGAGGGGCAGAGGGGGGGGGGGGGGACGAAGGUGGGGUAGGGAGAGCGGGAGCGACGGGGAGGAUCGAGAGAGAAGCUACGUGUUCGAGAGAGGUGGCACUUCUCUGCUGUCUGCUUCCUGAAACCAGAGGAAGGCCUUCAGUCCGAGAAAGACAGGGACUUGUAAAUGGUGCAAGUGGUGUACUAGCCGUAUUGAGCAACUAGUGUUGGGGCAGUGUAUGAGCACUCUACGACAACUUUUGUGUUUUUCCCGUCGGUAUGGAUUGAUCUGAUGUGAUCUAAUCUGAUGUGUAUGCUGAAGGUACAGCGGCCUUUCGCAGUCAUUCUCUCCUCGUGAGCCCGGAGCGCGGGCCUGGCAUUCAUGAAGAGGAUAAAGCAAGAAAAAGUAGCAACUUAACAGCUGGGAUAAGUCUUUGUGUUUGUGACGCC